AUGAGGCCUCAGAAUCCUCCCCCGGGCUGGCGCCCCUCUCCACCCGGCGCCGCUCCCCCGUACGGCCCGCCUCCGGGAACCGCUCCGCCAGCACGACCAGGUUUCCCCCCGGGCCAGCACCCCCCGCAGCAACCCGGAUUUCCGCGCGGACCCCCUAGUCUGGGCCAAGUUCCGCCUGGUGCGCCGGGAUCCGCGCAGCCGCCUGGCGCAAGGCCCGCCGGACCUCCGUUCCCUGGGGGACCGUUCGCCGGCCCUCCGCCGGGUUCACGGCCCGCAGGUCCGCCUCCCCCGGGGGUUGCGCCGCCCGGCGCGCGGGGCCCGCCAGCUGGAUUUCCGGGUCCGCCUGCGGGUUUCCAAGGGCCUCCCGCGGGUGGCCCGCCAGGAGGAGCAGCCCGUCCGCCUGGCCCCUUCGCGGGCCCCCCGGGGGGUGGACCGCGCCCUGGCGGUCCUCCGCCGGGUUCCGCUCCGCCAGGCGCCGCUCCCCCUGGCGCGCCCCGCCCCAGCGGUCCCCCUUCCGGAUACCCCGGUGCGCCGCAGCAGUACCCUGGCUACCCCCCGCAGCAGGCCCCCCCGCCGCCGGCGCAAUCCCGCCCUCCGCCUACCGGACCCGCGCCGUAUGGUCCGCCAUCGUACGGCGCUCCGCCGCAGCCGGCGCAGCCAGGCGCGCCCCUUAACGCGCCCGGAGGCCCUCCCCCGCCCUUCGGAGCGCCUCACCCUCCGCCUGGCGCUGCGCCGCCGUCAUGGGGGGGAGCCGCCACGCAAUCCGCUCCGCCAACCCAGCAGAUGAGCGCGCUAGCUAUGGGCAGCCCUCCGCCUACCAUCCCGGGGCAAUACGGUGGUCCGCCCGGGUCCACCCCAGGGCAAUACGCGCAGCAUACUCCGCCUCCGCCCGGAUCCGCGCCGGGGCAGUACGGGCAGCACGCGCCGCCUCCGCCGUUCUCCGCCGCUCCCCCGACAGGCCCUCCGCCUGGCGGAGCCAUGAUGCCCGGCGCGGGACCUCCGCCGCCCUUCGGCGCCCCCCCGACAGCUGGCGCGGCGCAGCGACGCGCGUAUCCCAUGCCCGCGGGAACGGUAACCCCUGGGCGUGGGCGCGCCCCCCCAGUCCCCUGGAAUGCAGCUGCCCUCCCCUGGGAUGGGCGCGCGCGGCAGCCCAUGGCGCCCUUCACAGGCCUCCGGGCGUGGGCGCGCCCCCCCAGUCCCCGGGCAUGGGCGGGCAUGCGCCCCCCUCCCCCGGGAUGGGUGCGCGGCAGUCCAUGGCGCCCUUCACAGCCCAGGCGGCGGGGCAGCAGGGGUCCGCGCCCUAACCUCCCCCACCAACCCCUCUUCCUCCCUCACCUGCUCCAGCCCCCAGGCGUGGGCGCGCCCCCCCAGUCCCCGGGUAUGGGCGCGCAUCCACCCUCCCCCGGGAUGGGCGCGCGGCAGCCCAUGGCGCCCUUCACAGGGCAGGCGGCGGGGCAGCAGGGGUCGGCGCCUGGGUCUCGGAUCGACCCCAACCAGAUCCCGCGCCCCCCGCCCCCCGCCGACGCGUUUCUGUUUGAGACACGAGUGAACGGCACGGCUAACCUACCACCGGUGAGUGCUGCUUCUCUGCUUGCUCCUGCAGCCGCCACGUCAUCGUUUGUGGUCCGCGACACGGGUAACUGCAGCCCCCGGUUUAUCCGAGCGUCUUUGAACCAGAUACCUCUCUCUGCGGAUCUUCUCACCACCUCCGCCAUGCCUCUCAGCAUCAUGAUCCAGCCGUUCGCCCUGCAGGACCCGGCUGAUACCCCCGUGCAUCCGUUCGCCCUGCAGGACCCGGCUGACACGCCCGUGCAUGUGGUAGACUUUGGAGAGAUGGGGCCCGUCAGGUGCCACCGCUGCAAGGCGUACAUCAACCCGUUCAUGCGAUUCGUGGACCACGGGAGGAAGUUCAUCUGCAAUCUGUGUGGCGUCUCCAACGAGACUCCCCGUGAGUACGUGUGCAACCUCGGCCCGGAUGGCAGGCGACGAGACGCGGACGAGAGGCCAGAAUUGAUGCACGGGAGCGUGGAGUUUGUGGCUCCCAAGGAGUACUCGGUGAGUGCUGCUGUGGGCUCUUCCGUGGAUUUGCUUCUGGAGCUGCCUCUGCAGCCUCUUCUGCCUCUUCUGUCUUGUCACUUUCCUUCUUCCAAAUCUGCUGCGCUUUCUUCCCUCUUUGUCCACCCCAUUCCACCCGCUCUCAUUCAGAUCCGCGAUGCCAUGCCGCCAGUCUACUUCUUCCUUCUUGAUAUCCGCGAUGCCAUGCCCCCGGUCUACUUCUUCCUUCUUGACGUCUCUUUCAACGCCGUCGCCUCCGGAGCUGCCUCUGCCGCCUGCUCCUCCAUCUCUCGCAUCCUACAGGACUUGCCUGAGGGCGGUCGCACGCUCGUGGCAUUUGCCACAUUCAACUCCACCAUCCAAUUCUACAGCCUCAACAGCUCCCUGGCGCAGCCGUCCAUGCUGGUGGUGCCUGAAGUGGAAGACGUGUACACUCCGCUGCCCUCUGACCUCAUCGUUCCGCUUGACGAGGCGCAGGAGAGGCUGCAGCAGCUGCUGGAGUCGAUCCCCCAGAUGUUUGCAGAGACACGUGUGGCUGACUCAUGCCUGGGCGCAGCGCUGCAGGGUGCUUUCCUAGCCAUGAAGAAAACAGGAGGCCGGAUCCUAGCCUUCCAGUCAGUUCUUCCUUCUGUUGGCAUCGGAUCACUUUCCUCUCGGGAAGCAGAGGGACGAGCAAACGCCACCGUUGCAGAUAAAGACGUGUUGAAGCUGCUGCAGCCAAACGACAAGCAGCUGAGGCCAAUGGCGGAGGAAAUGGCGGAUUUCCAAGUGGCGGUUGACGUGUUUCUGACCUCGCAGGGAUUUGCCGAUGCGGCUUCCAUCGCUGUCAUUCCCAGGAUCACCGGCGGACAGCUCUACAGCUACUACCCCUUCAGUGCAGCGCAUGACGGGGGUAAACUGCAUAAUGACCUGCGCUGGGCUGUGAGACGGCCGCACACGUUCGAAGGGGUUAUGAAAGUGCGGUGCAGCCAGGGCCUGUCUGUGUCCGAUUACUUCGGCAACUUUCACCGCCGCAUCCCUGCCGAAAUAUAUCUGCCAGCGAUGGACAGUGACAAGGCCAUCAUGGCAACCGUCAAGCACGAUGAGAAACUCGCAGAGAACAGCGAAGCCUGCUUUCAGUGCGCCAUUCUCUACACCACCACCACGGGGGAGAGGCGUGUGCGAGUGCACACCCUCUCGCUGCCCACCACGGCCUCUCUGGCCUCUGUGUUCCGCGGGGCUGAUCUGGAUGCGCAAUUCGCGUACAUGCUCAAGACAGCUGCUGCGGACGUGGUGACUCACCCUGUGCAGCCAGUGCGAGACGCAGCAGUGCAGACGGCAGUGAGCAUUCUCUACACCUACCGAAAGUUCUGUGCCACUGCCUCAUCUUCCGGGCAACUUAUCCUGCCAGAAGCACUCAAGCUGCUGCCCUUGUACACCCUGGCCCUCCUCAAGUCGCAGGGUCUGAGGGGAGACGUGAAGGUGGACGAGCGGUCGGCCUGGCUGGCGAGAGUGCGCCCCCUCUCUGCGUCGCUCUCUGUGCCCUUGGUCUACCCGCGCCUCUUUGCCCUGCACCACCUGCUCAAGGACGCAGCGAAUCAGGAGCAGCAGAAGCAGCAGAACGGGACAGAGGAGGAGCAGCAGCACGAGCACCUGCCGUCUGCUCUCCCCCUCUCCAGUGAAAAGCUCGAGCCCGACGGGGUGUUUCUGGUGGAGAACGGGGAGGAGGCGGUGGUGUGGGAGCAGCAGAAGCAGCAGAACGGGACAGAGGAGGAGCAGCAGCACGAGCACCUGCCGUCUGCUCUCCCCCUCUCCAGUGAAAAGCUCGAGCCGGAUGGAGUGUUUCUGGUGGAGAACGGGGAGGAGGCGGUGGUGUGGGUGGGCAGGGAGGCGGACAGCCAUCUGCUGUUUUACCUCUUUGGCCUGCGAUCCGUCGAUGAGAUCGCCCCCGGCCCGUUCCUGCUGCAAGAGUUUGACAACCCUGCAUCGCGCAAGCUCAACGCCAUUGUGAACGAGAUUCGUCGCCAGCGGUGCUCGUACCUCAGGAUGUCCGCUACAAGGGUGGCGCUGGACGUGCUCGGGCCCCGUUAUAAUGCAACUUUUAAUGUCAUGCCAGUGGUGGAGGUGGUGCCGUGCAAUAGCGAGGAUGCAGCAGUGGCAGCAGAGCGUCUAGACCUGAUGAACGUGGUGGGGGUGGUGGGACCGGCAUGCUCCGAGGCAGUGAAGGGAGCCAACUCCGUGCUACAGCCCAAAGGGAUCUCCUACGUGUCCUUUGCUGCUACUGCUGAUGUGUUCAACACGCCAGAUUAUAACACGUUCUUCAGAACUGUCUUCGCUGACAAGCACCAGGCCAGGGAAAUCGCGGCGCUGAUCAGAUUCUUCCAGUUCGACGAAGUCCAUCUGUUCUACUCCAACGAGAUUUACGGCUCAGAUCUCGCCUCCAAGAUCCGUGCUGAGCUGGACGGCUCACUCAUCCCCGUCAGCACCAUCCCCGUCAGCUACCCCGUGGACGAGUUUGCGCCGCUCUUCGCUGACGUGGCGGUCGGGGAGAGGUCCAUCUGCGUGCUCGCCGCCCUGCCAGCUGUCGCGGAGGGGUUCUGGCGGGCGGCUGUGAGGGAGAACUUCACUAGCUACCCCUGGUGGUACCUGGGGACUGACGGCGUGGCAGCUCUUGACUUCGUUGACCAGUCCGGGGAGAGGCUCGGAGGUAUGGCUAGGUCACUGCAAGGGGAGAUGGCUGUCGGUCCCAACAUGCCCUUUGAGAGUCCCAACUUGCGUCCAUUCACGAACCACUGGAAGAAGCAAGCUGCGGACGAUUACGUUGGGCUCAUCAAUGCGCCGACCACGCCAAAGUAUAACGAGACGCGCUUAUACGUGGCGCAUCUGAUCGACUCCAUCUGGGCCUUCUUCGAGGCGUUUCGGAACAUCAUAGCCGUCCAAAACCGGGCGGUAACCGUGCAAGCCGUUCUUGAGUGCUUCCGAAACCAGCCGGCCGGUUGCGGGCGGUUCGAGGGAGCAUCGGGAACAGUGGCGUUCAAUACAGUCACGGGGGAGAGGCUGAAGCUAGAUGGGGUGCCAGCUUACAGUCUUUACAACUUGAUUGGAAAGACGUGGAAGGAGAAACCCAAGUGGGUGUUGAACGGCUCAGAUGGCGUCAAGCUGAUGGAUCCAACGGACUAUGUCACUCGGCCAGGACCUCUGCCAGCUGGCUCGCUGUUGCCCUUGCAGCACCAGAUUGUGGCUCCGUAG